CCCAAAUGAGUUCCCGCCAGCUUUGCCAUUUGGAUUUGAGAAUGUCAUAACUCCGGAUGAAUGGUUAGCGUUUGUGAACUCAAGAUUAACUCCCGAGUGGCAAAGAAAGAGAGAGGAGAUGCAAAAUUAUCGAGCACUGAAUAAAUACAAUCACAACCUCUCUAGAGGAGGCUAUGUGCGUAUUGAAGAGAUGUUAAUGGAACAAAGUGGGAAAAGUCUGACUGAACUUGAUAGGGCAGAUUUAUGGAGCAUGGGUCGUCGGAAUGCAAAAGGAGAGCUAAUUGGAGAGGCCUCUGAGAUUCAAAAAAAUAUUGAUCAUUACCGGCAACUCCAAGCUGAGGGUAAAUGGGCACCUGAUGGCCCUGAUGAUGUGCUGACGAGGGCGUUGGGCACUCCUGAGCCUCGAGGACGUGUUAGGGCUGGAGGACACGGUGUGUCCCGCUCAGUAUAUUGGAAUACUCCAACACCUACCUCAACGAAAAAUAAAUCAAAAGCCUCUUCUUCGAAUGACGACAUUAGAAAGGAAUUUGAAGAAAGAUUUCGAAAACAAGAAGAAGAGCAUCGUCAACAAGCACAACGCCUAGAAGAGCGCCUUCAACAACAAGAUGAGCUCUUGAGAAAAUUAUUGGCCCAACAGAGCGGGUCAGGAUCUAACGUUGGAGUCCCACCAGCGCCAUCAUCAUACUAUGUGCCCGACCCACCAGUGCCACCAGCGCAGGCGUCCUACUAUACUCCGGACCCAGUAGUGCCUCAAGCAGAACACCACAUUGUUGCACUACAACCGCUUUUGCAAGAGGGCCGAGCAUGCCAAUUAGCAAUUGGUUCGGUUUCAAACAUUGUUGCAUCAGGUACACUCAUUGAAAGAGAGGCAGGCAACAACUUCCAAGUUAUGAUUACGAGUGUUCUUAAAUCGGCUAGAGGUGGAUGUCCAGAGGUGAGAUGGAUGAGUAUUCUUAUUUAUGUCGCUACGACUAUACUAAAGAGAUCUGUGGGCAAGAACUCUUCAGCAACCUAUGAAGGAAGUGACUUGCUAUGUCAAUCUGGGCUGAAAUGCAAGGGUGAUGACUCUAAUCUAGGUUGGGAAGAUGGCUUGGCAGAUUUGGUCGAUGGUUGGAGCUCCUUAACAAACAACGACCAGGAGGAUCUGAGGAAUGCUUCCACAAAGAUGACGAUGAAGAUUGCGAUCUAA